AGUUAGAUGCGAAUUCAACAUUAUAUUAAAAAGAUACUUUUAAGUAUUUUAAAUUAUUAAACGCAACAAUAUAACAUAAUUUAUUAUACAAAAAAUGUCUAAUAAAACCUACAAUGAUUUACUGUGUGAAACAUCUGAGAUACUGGUCGAAGCCACUCAAGCCGAUGAAGCGAUUUUCGAAGCGGGAGCAACGGAACGGACAGCACUUCAGCCGUUACUUUCGGAGAUUCGUAUCAGAUAUACCGUGCUACUGGCAAGGCUGGAUACGGUAUACGACCAGCUAUUGCAGCCGCAGAAGCGGAUAAUCGUUAGAAGAUUGUUGGAAGGUUGUUUAGGGAGAUUGAUAGAAAUCAAACACGACUUAGUCGAGCUGCAUCUUUCAGAUUAUACUUAUGACGAUGAUGAGGCCCUUGCAAAACUUCAAGUGACUCCUUUUGAAGCUGAACCAAUAGUUCCACAAUAUUUCAUUAGGGAAAGAAAGGAAGAGGUCAAUAGUCGUAGACAGUUUGUUAUUGAUACUUUGACCAAGUUGGGCUAUGAACCGCCCAAACCUCAACCAUUGGUAUUGACUGAACAGCAGGCUGUUCUCAUUAUACAAAGUCACGAAAGAGCUAGACAAGGAAGAUUACGAGGGCAGUUCAUGAAAGAAAUUCGCCUUUUAAAAGAAAAAGGCAGAGACCAAAAAAGUGAAAUGUCUGCUUCUGCUGCCACUGCAAUCCAACGAGUCUGGAGAGGUUUUAUUGCUAGAAGAGAGACCAGAAGGAGAAAAAGAGAAGAACAAUUACUUAUUGGUAUGGAUUUGCCACCUUAUACACCGUCAUUAGCGCUAAAAAGAGCUGAAGAAGUUAAAGAGUAUCGUCGGACUCUUCAAGCUGAAAGAGAUAAAGAAUAUAAAGAAGCAUUAGAUACAAUAGAAGAACAACUUAGAAAACAGCAUGGAGUAAAAAUAAAUGAGCAAAUAGGAGACGAACUUAGAAGAUGGAUUUCAGAAUAUUAUGAAAGAACCGAAAGAUUCCCUGAAUUGCCAUCAGAAGAAAGUGGGGGUAGUCGGGCUAUGUAUAGUAGACAAGGAACAGGUAUGGACAGCGAAUUAAGUAAAUCUCCUGUGUCGUCUAAAGAAUCUAAAAGAAGUAAAGAGAGUAAAGAUAAAAAGAAUAAUAAAUCAGAAGAGAACAACAAAGUUAAGGAAGAGGAAGAAGAUAUAAAUAUGUAUAAGUGUAAUGCCUCUGCUUUUUUGAAAGACCUUGUUAAUACUAAUGAGGAGUUUGAAGACAUUUGGAAAUUCAAAGACAACAUAGAAGACCCUCAUGAGAGAUAUUACAAAGAUGUGGUAGAAAGAGACAAAAUGGUGAAAAUAGAACAAGAAAUCAGAAAUGUUGUAGAUGAAAUGAUGAGGAGCGAAUUAGAAUUACUUCAAGCUGCUUAUGAUCGCGACAGACAAAUAAAGAGUAAAAAAUCAAAAAAACCUCAAAAAGCACGACGUGGAGGUAAAAAAAGUAAAAAAAAGAAAGAAAAAGAUCUAACUCCGGACAGAACAACAGAAUCACUCUUUGAAGAAUUGGUAUCCAAUGGAAUUAUACGCCCUUACCCUCUAACAAAAAUAGAUGAUUUCGUUGGCGAGAAAUGUUACGUUGGGUCCCAAUGGAGGAGUCAGGGUCAAGAACCAACACCAUGUCUUGGAGAUAUUAGACAGUUGAUAAAAGAAUACUGUAUAUUGCCUUUGGGUUCGGAACAUGUUAGAAUGAACGCACCUUUAGUGAGAUCUGUUCUUAUUUCAGGUCCUUCAGGGAGUGGUAAGAAAAUGUUAGUCCAUUCUGUAUGUACUGAAACUGGUGCUAUGCUUUUUGAUUUGACUCCAGCCAAUAUAGUUGGUAAAUAUCCAGGAAAGUCUGGUCUCAUAAUGUUAAUACAUUUGGUCAUGAAAGUAUCGAGAUUAUUACAACCGUCUGUUAUAUGGAUGGAUGACGCUGAGAAACCAUUUGUGAAGAAAAUUCCAAAAACAGACAAAACAGAUCCGAAGAGAUUGAAAAAAGAUUUAGUGAAGAUUAUCAAAGGAAUAUGUCCAGAGGACCGUGUAAUAUUUAUUGGCACAUCAAAAUAUCCCUGGGAUGCAGAGCAAAAAUUACUUUUUCAGUGCUACAAUAAAAUCAUCCAGAUACCAAAAGCUGAUUACGGAAGCAUAUCGAUGAUGUGGAAGACAAGACUUCAUAGAGCCGGUGCUCUGUCUCCAAGAUUAGAUAUAUCCUGUUUAGCCAGAGUUUCCGACUCUUAUACUAUAGGAACACUAUUAGCUGCUUUAGAUGGAGUGCUAACAACAAAAAGACGUCUUCAAUUACGUAUACGUGCAUUGACUGCCCACGAAGUUGCCGUGCAACUAAGUUCUAGAGAACCUAUAUAUGCUGAGCAGGAAGCUUCAGCCGAAACAUGGUGGUAUAAGACACCAUUAGAGAAAAGAAGACAGAAGGCCAUACAAAUGCUACUGGAAAUGCAGCAGGAAGGCGAAGAAAAAGACGCAAAGAAAUAAUAAUUUUUUUAUGUCUAAUAUUGAUCAGUUUAAAUUUAUAUAAACAUAAUACUAUUUUUAUAAAUAAAUAAAUAAGAUAUUUAUAGCGGCAUAGCGGACCAAUUUUUACCAGCGACUUCAUCCACGCUUGGGAUAUUACUGACGGGGAUAAAAAGUAUUACUACGCCCUUCUCCGUUCUAUCUACUACGUGUAUAUCAAACUUUAUAGUGAUUAGUUAAACCGUUAAGGUGCUAUAAGGUAACAACAAACAUACUUUCACAUUUAUAAAAUAUUAAAAAGAAUCGCCGGGUGGUCCCGGCAUAGAAUAGGCCACUCCUUCCUUUUCCGUGGGAGUCGUAAGAGGCGACAAAGGGAAGGCGGGAGAUGGACAGCAGCGUCCUUCUUUAAACAUAUUUAAAGCCUAACUGCGGUUGCCAAUCCGUCUGCCAAGUGUGGCAACUACUGGCAAGACCCCCUAAGGGGAGGUUUAUGUUCAGCAGUGGACCGUUAAGGGCUGAUACGAUGAUGAUGUGGAUAAUAAUGAAUAAGAUUAAAUCAAAUAUUAUAAAUAUAGGAUAAAAACAUCGGCAGAGGGUUUCUUGUUGCUCUCUGCAUAUUUUAUAAGGAAAUAGAUAUAAAUAGGAUAACUAGGGACCAAAUAAACUUUAAUGUUGUUAUUGAUACCUUCAUAGUCAAGUUAUAGAUACGUUGGUUUGUAUAAAUGAAGAUCAGUGAUCCAUUCUCGGUUGUGUUAAUUUAAGAAAUGAAAUGAAAUAAAUAAUUUGGGUAUAUAUUUCUGGGUUUGUAUUUAAGAUAUUUAUGAUUCGGUUUCUUAUAACACAAACUGUUUUAGUUUAAAAUCGAGGAGGCAAUAAGUAUGAUUGUGUAGUACUUACAUGUAUUUACUAUAAGGGACCAAAAAGUAUUUGUAACUGAGAAUUUAAGUCAUGUAUUAUUAUUAAGGAAAAUAAAGUAUUUAGAAAUACUAUUUAUUAUAUUAUUGCUAUUGUAUUGUAUUAUAUUACAGGCACUAUUUACUUUCACGAUCUUUAAAUGAUUUUUUUUUGAUGGGUGAAAAUGGUAUGGUAACCCCGCCUGCGCUAACGGGGUACGCUGGCGGAACACCAGUGAAGGGUGAUAGAUGAGAAUGAAAACAGGCCAGUUAGCCCAUCAUGAUGAAUUCAUCAGGAAUUAACCAUGAUAGUUUCCAGGGAGAACCGUGAGGAGGUCGACUUGGUUGGGUAUAUUGCUAGUAAUAGGAUUCUCAGUCUCCAUUACUAACAAUCCCUUUCCCCCCGGUCUUUAAAUGUUACAUUCUUAUAACAUUCAAUUGUAGUUGUACAUAUUUGUAUUUUUCACAUAUUUUGUUAUGAGAGGUACUGGCUGCAAACCAGCGCUGUGCAGCUGUACAUAGUGCACUGGGACACUCACAGCA